CUUCUACUGUGCACAGAUAGCGAUGCUGGGGAAAAUUCUCGCCUCUCCUUCCGUUUAAUGACUUUAUCUGCUCCAUUUCAUCUCGAUACCAACACAGGAGAGCUUAGAACUAAUCAGAUACUGGACAGGGAGCGUGAAGCAGUCCAUCGUCUUGUCGCAUUGGUCAUGGAUCAUGGACGGCCGGCACGUUCAGCCAGUGUCAGUGUGUUAGUCACUGUGAUGGACAUCAAUGAUCACGAUCCAGUGAUUGUGUUUCCAGCAAAAGGAAAUGGGACUGUGACGAUCUCUGUCAGAGAGGCAAUAGGCGAACUCUGCUUAUCAAAAAAUUGA